CAGCGACUGAAUUCGACAGACAUACCGGACUCGCCCAAAUACCGACAAGAUGACCAAGAUCAACACCUCUCUGUCUUCCUCCAGACGCAAGUCGCGCAAGGCGCACUUCUCUGCCCCCUCCAGUGUCCGCCGCACUAUCAUGAGCGCCCCUCUCUCCAAGGAGCUCCGUGAGAAGUACAACGUCCGCUCGAUCCCCAUCCGCAAGGACGAUGAGGUUACCAUUGUCCGUGGCUCCAACAAGGGCCGCGAGGGCAAGGUCACAACUGUCUACCGUCUCAAGUGGGUCAUCCACGUCGACCGCGUCGCCCGCGAGAAGUCCAACGGCCAGUCCGUCCCCCUCGGCAUCUCGCCCUCAAAGGUUGUCAUCACCUCCCUCAAGCUCGACAAGGACCGUGAGGAGAUCCUUGCCCGCAUUGCCAAGGGCCGUGAGCUCAACAAGGAGAAGACCCAGAAGGCUUAAAUAUGAGAAGGUGUCUUGAUGCAUCUUUCUGUCGUAUGAAACCUCAAAAGCUUUGCCCUUGUCUGCCUCCAACCUCUUUUUUCUGCCCGUCUCC